AUGGAUGCUACCAGUGGCAUCAAGACGUUGCUGUCGGCAAUUUCAACGUGGGAAGAAGCUGAAGAGCUACAAGUCUAUGAGAAGUUCGAGAAGGUCCUCUACAAGACUACCCAACGUCCUGAUGAGACAACACAGAGCUACGUGAACCGGUUGGCUGUGGCUUUCAACGAAGUCGAAGGCCGAGCAGUCCGUGAUUUCAGGGCUUUCAUCAUGCUGAGGCAAUCAGCUUUGAGCGUGGAAGACAAGAAGAAAGUGAUCUCAAUGAUUGGAGAUACCCUGAGUCCGGAGAAAGUUGAAGGUGCCAUGAGACAACUUUCAACGAGGAUUCUGAUGGGCCAGUCAGAUGGAAAGAAAAAGGUGUACCCCUUGAAUCACGUGGAGGAUGAAGCCGAAGAAGCCAUGGUUGUCCAGGAAACUGAGGUCUAUGAUGAAGAGGCCACCAUUCAAUGGCUUGCUGAGCAAGGAGAUGAAGAAGCCUUGGUGGUGCAGGACUUUGAAGAACAAUUGAUUGAGGUGUGCCAGGAGAACAGUGAUUUGUCGAUGUGUUUCAACAGUUACACUGAAGCCCGUGCCAAGAUUCGAGACAAGCUUCGUCACCGAGGAUUCUGGCCUCCAAGAGCUGGCAAAGGGAAGAUGAAAGGAGGAAAGAAAGGUGGCCGUUUUGAGAGCUCCUUUCGCCGUAAGAACCAGAGUCUUGCGGAUCGCAUCGCAAACUCGUCAUGCAGGAGAUGCGGCCAGAAAGGACACUGGAAGCAAGAGUGUCCCUUACGUUCGCAAGACAAAGAAGAAGUUCACUACAUCAUGGAGGAAAUGAACAACGAGCCAGAGGAAGAGAUCCUUCAUGAACUUCCCCCUGGAGUCAAUUUGAUGUCGACGGUGGAGGAAUUGUUUACGUCGAUGACCGACCAGCAGCGACUGCGGCUCAACGUCCCAAAGAUUCAGCAGCUCGCCCUGGUGAUCGAGUUCAAGCAAAUGACAUCAGCCAUGCCGAAGACCUAUGCCGCAGCUUCGCUGGACAUGGCGCUGCCCUUUCCGGAGGACCAGGCGCUGACUUACAUGACAGAGGAAGAGGAUCAGAAGAUCGUGAGGCCUCCAGGAAUUCAGAACCUUCGGCAAUGGGGAACAAUGAUCCUCCCGGAGGGAAAGCACAAGGGCAAAACGUUCUUGGAGACUGUCGAGGGCGAUUACCAGUACUCCAUGUGGAUUGUCAAACACAAGAACCUGACCAGCGACUGGACGAAGUCGUUCCAGGAGUUCGUCAAAGCCUGGAACCAGAUGACAAUGUCCACAACAAGAACCACAGCCUUGGGGGCAAGUGCCAAGGCCAAAGCGCGACCCAAGACGUCCGAGGAGUGGAGCGACGUGGAGCAGGAGCUGAUUGUCAUUCCCUCGGACCUGAAGUCAGAAGGGAAGAUGGGCCAGAAUUCAAAGCGUGGUCUGGCCACGGAACCUGGAGAUCAGAUGGUGAUCGAGGUGGAUCAGGAUCGAGUGAACCAGCUGCAGGCCCAGAUUGCCGUAUUGCAGCGGGAGCUCGCCAAAGUGAACAACAAGGCGAAGUCCCUGGAACAGGAAGUGGCUGAUCUCAUGGCUCUGACAAUUGAGAAUGUCCGCAAUUCGUCAAGGCCAUCUUCGGGAACUGGUGCUCAGGGAAAACUGAAUCUCCUUGAAAUCUAUUGUGAAGAAGACUCUCAACUUGUAAGAGUGGCCAACAUGUAUGGACUUGCUGCACGGAGAUUCACAAUCAAGGAUGGCGAUUUGAGCACACCCGAGGGCCAGAAAAGACUUUGGAAAAUCGUGGAAGAGCAACAACCAGACCACAUCUGGGCUUCACCGGAGUGCCGCUUUUGGGGCAACUUCAGCCGAUGGUUUGGAGAGCAGUAUGGUCCGGCAAAAUCCUGGAAGGAUUUGUUCAAGAUGGCGGAGAUGAGUAUCACUGUUUUUGGGAGUGACAAAGGGGAUGACCCAAAUGAUGCAUCUCUGGGGAAGAGCCUGGGUGAGGGUGACCGAUCUGCCAAAAUGGAGGGCACAGAAACCAUGCCAUCCCUGGAUAUAAUGAUGCCGGAUGCGUCAACAGGUGAGAUGCGCGAGGUGGCAGCCCCCGAUGUUGAAACAGCACAACCCAGCAAUUUGAAGGCUGAUCAGGCCUUGGAAAACACUUGGAUAUCGUGGGCAGGACCUCCUCAACAAGUUUACACUGAUCCUGCAAGGGAGUAUACCUCGGAAAAGUUUUUGGUAAAGUUGCAGGAAUAUGGAAUCCAGGUGAAAACCACUGCAAGGGACAGUCAUUGGCAGCUGGGCCGAACAGAGAUUCAUGGAUCGAUUAUCAAGCGCAUGCUGGAAAGGAUGGAUGCUGAAGUUCCAAUCAACACAAGUGAUGAGUUUCGUGAGGGGUUGGUUCAAGCUUUUUGUGCAAAGAAUGCCUUGUCUAGGGUGAAAGGCUAUACCCCCGAACAAGCGGUGUUGGGCAUUUCAAGAAAAUUACCAGCAUCCAUCACUUCAGACUCUCAGCAAGCAAGUCAUCUGUUGGCAGCGGGAGAGACUUGUGAGAGUGACCAGUUCCGGCAAAGCCUGGAACGGCGGAGCAGGGCAAGGCGAGCUUUCAUCGAAGCGGACAACUGUAACAGCCUGAGGAGAGCAAUGUUGCGAAGGAGUCGCCCACUUAGGGAGCCCUAUGAAGAAGGGGAUUGGGUCCUUUAUUGGAGGCGAAAAGGUGGCAAUCUUCGCAGGCUGCGUGGUCAAUGGCAUGGGCCGGCCAGAGUUGUCAUGCUGGAAGGCCGCAAUAUCUGCUGGUUAGUGCAUGCCAAUAAACUGAUCCGUGCAAGCCCAGAACAAUUGAGGAAAAAGAGGGUUGAGGUGAAACUCAAAGAUCUUGGAGAAGAGGAUCAGCUUCGUUUUGCAGCAGCCAAAGACAAAGAGCUGAAGGCUUGGUUGAGUCAUAAGACUGUUCAGAAGGUGGCACAAGGGAAAAUCCCAGAUCAUGCCAUCAUGCGCUGCCGCUGGCUAUUGUCAUGGAAGGGGGCCAAUGGGGAUGAACCACCUGGAGAAUUGGCCUUAAACGGCAAGAGAGCAAAGGCUCGUCUGGAGGUCAUUGGUUAUGAGGAUCCAGAUAUCGACUCUGUCAAGAACGAUGCUCCGACUUUGACGAAAGAUGGUCGUCAGCUGGUUCUACAACAGGUAAGUAGUUUCCGUUGGCCCCUCAUUAGCUUUGACAUUUCAACUGCUUUCUUGCAUGGACGCGGCGAUGGUCGAAAUCUCGGCCUGCAUCCGACUCCGGAGAUACAGGAAGCUCUAGAGAUGGGACCCACUGAUCAAUGUGCCCUAAAUGGGGGAGCAUAUGGCAGGGUUGAUGCCCCAUUUUUGUGGUUCUGUGAAAUCCGAGAUGAGCUUCUGAGUCAAGGAUGCAAACAGCACCCGCUCGAUCCCUGUGUCUUCACGUAUGGUGAGACCGACAAAAAUGGAGAUUAUCAUCCCUGCGGCAGUAUUGGCCUGCAUGUGGAUGAUGGGAUCGGGGGAGGAAAUGAAGCCUUCAUGAACAUGCUUUCAAGAGUUGAGAAACGUUUCAAGUUUGGAUCGUUUGAAACUGGGGAAUUCAAAUAUACGGGAAUUCACUUCAAGCAAUGGGAUGAUGGCAGUAUUGAAUUUGAUCAAAUUGAUUACAUUGAGAAGAUAGCACCAAUCAAUAUUGGUAAGUCUCGCAGGAGUGAACCGUCAUGUGAAGUCACCCCAGAAGAAAGAAGCAUGCUUCGAAGCCUAAUCGGGGCUUUACAAUACGCUGCUGUUCAUAGCCGUCCUGAUCUCAGCGCCAAGGUAGGAGAACUCCAAUCAAAUGUGACAAAAGCCAAAGUAGAGGACAUGAUCAUUGCCAAUAAGGUUCUGCAUGAGGCCAAGGUGCAUAAGGUGUCCCUGAUGGUUCUUCCCAUUCAUCCAACAAGGGUCACAUUUUGUGCGUUUUCCGAUGCCAGCUUCAUGUCCACCAAAACCAGUGUGGCACAUCAAGGGACAAUAAUCUUUGCAACUACCCCUGAACUUUUGGGAAAUCAGAAGGCAGUUGUUGCCCCAGUUGCUUGGACAAGUAAAAAGGUGCCACGGGUGGUGAGGAGCACUUUAAGUGCUGAAGCUGCAGCCUUGAGCAAUUCCGUAGAUAGGUUGCUUUGGCUUCGCAUGAUUUGGGCUUGGCUGUUGAAUCCAGAGUGUGAAUGGUCUGAUCCUGAAAAGGUUCUAGAGGACCAGACACGAGCUGCCAUCGUGACUGAUUGCAGGUCCAUGUAUGAUAUUUUGACAAGAACAGCCAUUCCAAGUUGCAGCGAGCACCGUACAACUAUCGAAUGUCUUCUCAUUAGAGAAAGGCUGAAAUCCAACUGCGAUAUCCGCUGGGUGACAAGUCAGGCAAUGUUGGCAGAUUGUCUCACUAAGGUCAUGGAAGCCACGGCUCUUCGGCAGUGUUUGGUAUCGGGAAAGUACUCUUUGUUUGAUGAAAAGGAGAUUUUAAAGAGUAGAGCUGACAGUCGACAGCGUUUGCAGUGGAUUAAAGAUCAGGGUCAAGCUGGACCAAAUGUUUCAACCUCGAAAAAUGAAGAAGCCACGGUCGAAACAAAUUUCAAAGUAGAUGUACAGACGAAUGAGAAACCUCGAGAUUUUUGGCAAACUGGACCUGGUGAACAGAUCCGUAGGAUCCAUGUCAUUCCUCGGAAAAAUCGUUUUGUUCCUAUAGGGGUCACUGAGUGCCCAGUUGACAUCCGUGAUUUUAGGGCUGUCAGAGAGACUCGAGUGAAGGGAGGAACUGUGGAAUAUGACUUUUGGACAGGGUUCAUCCAUGUGGCCAACAUCCGGCCGUUCCGCUCUGCACUCUCAAGGGAGGGUGGGCAGAGGAGCCAUCUUGGUGCAACGGAGGUAAGGAGAAAAGGGGUGUCAAAGGGCUUGACAUUCGCAAUAUAUAUAUACAUAAUUAUGUAUAUAUAUAUAACUUAG